AUUGUACGUUGCUUAUUUACCACUCUGCUGACAAUGACAAUGUAAAAACCAAAUCUCAAACACUUUUGGGAACAAUUAUGCCGAUGCGGUGUGAUUGUUGCAAUAAGACUAAUAUGUGAAGGCAACUGGCUGCACACAGGACCUGCAGGUAAAUAGGGCCCAGGACUGCAGCCUAGACUGUGGGAUUUAGUCCGUUGACUGUGACAAAGCAUAUUAGACAAUAGGCGCUUGCAAAAGCAAGAUUAUCUACACGAUAUUUUUCUUUCCUCAUACAGAACAUGUCUAGCAGACUGGAGAUACAUCUCAUUCUUCUGCUGAUGAUCCUGAAGGAAAGUGGACCGGUCUCACCGUGUGAUACAUGUAGCUAUCUAUCAUCCUGUUACUGUCUUGACAAAGACCUCAGAAGUGUUCCUCAAGAUCUCCCCAUAAGCGUCAUUAAUCUUUACUUAAAUAGGAACGCAAUUGUAUCCUUGAAUCAGUCUGACUUCUCCAGGUACACAAACAUAAUAUACAUUGACUUAAGUAGAAACAAUCUAACAAGGAUAAUAAUUGGUACAUUUUCAAAUCUACCCAAGCUUUACCGGCUGGACCUGUACUUCAACCAGAUAACUUGCAUUCAACCUGGGUCAUUUUCUAAUCUACCACAGCUUAGCUUUUUGGACCUGUACUCCAACCAGAUAUCUAACAUUCAACCUGGGUCAUUUUCUAAUCUACCAUGGUUAAGUUCGUUGGUACUGUCCUCUAACAAGAUAAGUUUCUUUCAACCUGGGUCGCUUUUAAAUCUGCCACAGCUUCGCACGUUGUGCCUGUCCUCUAACAAGAUAUAUGACAUCCAAGAUGCUUUGGGGUCACUUCCAAAUCUAACACAGCUUUACACGUUGCAAUUGUUCCUGUCCUCCAACCAGAUAAAAAAGAUCCAUCCUGGGUCAUUUUCAAAUCUACCACAGAUUAGCAUGUUGCACCUGCCCUCUAACAAGAUUAAUAACAUUCAACCUGGGUCAUUUUCAAAUCUGCCCAAUCUUAAAACGUUGGAUCUGUCCUCCAACCAGAUAAAUAACAUUCAACCUGGGACUUUUUCAAAUCUACCACAGCUUUCGCUGUUGGACCUGUCUUCUAACCAGAUAAAUAUCAUUCCGCCUGGUUCAUUUGUAAAUCUAACACACCUUGACCGUUUGAACCUGAGCUUCAAUCACAUAAGUAACAUUCAGACCGGCAUGUUUUCAAACCUACCCCAACUAAAGACACUGUGGCUAAAUAAGAAUAAAAUUAAGCUGCUGUCAGGAUAUGAUGACCUGGUGCUGAUCUCAACUAUAAACCUUGAGAAUAACCCCUGGCAGUGUGACUGUAGGAUGGUUCCCUUCAGGCAGAACAUGAUUGGGUCACUGUUUGACGAUCAAAUCACAUGUAAUGAGCCCAGCAGGUUUUCUGGGCGAAAGCUUAAAGAUAUAAACCCUGAAGAUCUGAUCUGUGAAGAAGCUAGAAUUGUGAGGUUUGAAGUGGUAGGUGGGAACAGUACAUCGGUAAAGGGGGAGACACUCGUUCUAAGGUGUGAAGUUUCCGGGAUCCCCACACCAGACAUCACAGUCACCCUCCCAUCUGAACGGAAUGUAACUGUUGAGUCAGGUGGGAGGGUGACUGUGGAUGUGAAUGGUACCAUCACCAUAACCAAUGUCACUGCAGUAGAUUCUGGUCUGUACAUCUGUAUUGCAGCAAGUCCUGUUGGCUCCACGUCAGCUACACGUAUACUAACCACUGACUUUCAAAUGCUGACAUCAGCACACAUCUCAAUACCCGUUACACAUGUCACGUCAAAGAGAAAUGAUAACCGGACUCCCUUCUCUUUAUAUGUUCCCAUUGGUGUUUCAUCGGUCCUGGUGAUAUUUUGUGCUGCGAAUGCAGUUUUAUACAAGCAACGUAUCAAAAAACCGCCUCUGGUACCAGUAAGCGCUGCCACUUUUGACAAUAUGGUAGCUGUACACACUGGCAUCUAUGAUGUAGACGGAGGGGCACCUAGGCUUCCAGGUACUCUUGGAACGGGUGCGGCCAAAUUGAAAAUCCCUAGUAUGUCUGUGGUCCAAGGAAAAGCACAAACUGGUGCUCUAUCUGGGCUUCACACAAACGUGUAUGAAAACGAUAAUAAAGUAAUAACAGCGGAUACCGUAUCUGAGCAACACACAAAUGUGUAUGAAAAUGACAAUGGAGUUUUGAAAGCUGAUUCUACAUUUGUGUUACUCACAAACGUGUAUGAAAAUGAUGUUUUUACUGUCACCUGUGGAGCCAAGUAG